AUGCUUCGAAUUGCAGUUUCAGCACCAGCAAGAGUUACAGUGGCUCGUUCCCUGCCGUUUCGGUGUAGCGCGACUCUACGAUUAUUCCAUAGUGGUACCAUUGUAAGUGCAUCAGAAGAUUCGGAAAAUGGUAUGGGCCAACUUUUCUCGAAGCAUGGAAAAAAACUAAAGCCUAAACAGGAUCACUUUGUUGUAUUGACUCCACGCGAGACUGGUGUUAUAAGGUUGCCCAAGAGGUCUCGUGUACAGAAUUCAAGAGCUUCUCUCUCUGUUCUCGAAGGGUAUGAUCUAAAAAGACACUCAGAAAAGGAUACUAAGUUUUCACAAGUUCAGGAUCUGGAUAUCCUUUCUAAUAUACAGGAGACUACUGAUAGAUUAAUGCAGUUCAAAGAACAGGAAGAUAAUGAAGAAAUGGCCAAGGCAAUUGAGGCUUGUAAGCCAUCUUCUAAUACUAUUUCGGAAAAAAGAUACUUCCAAUUGGAAAAGGUGUUGGAUGAGCAAUUCACUCUACAACAGCUAAGAAAUUACUGCUUCUUAAAGCAUGGGACCCGUAAAUCUAGAGUUCCAAAAAAAGAUUUAAUUCCAAUGAUUAUCAAUAAGUUUUGGAAGUGCACUAUCGAUCACAAUAAGAGUGAAUUUGAAGAUUUAGUCGUCGAAAAUGAAAUUCUUCUCGAGAAAAGAGAUCUAUAUCUUUUAUUGCUAACCAAGAAUGGUCGGAUUUUACAGAACUUAUCCAGAAUAGGGGCUACUAUUGCAGUUUUACCAGAACAGAAUAAGCUUGUGGUACGUUGUCCAUCCCAACUUUUUAGAUAUGUGGAAGUGUCCAUCACUAAGAUUUUAGAAAAUAUUGUAUCUGAUGAUUUUUGCAUCAAAGAAUUUGUUAAAAACCAUUCAUUAGUGGGAGAAACUGCCUCUAUGACACCUUUAGAAAUGAUGAACCUACUUCAAACGCAGUCACCUAGUUAUAUCGAAGUUACUGAAGAUGAUAAGUAUAGAAUCAGCACAAUAGGUAAUAAAAGUUUGAAAAGUAUCAACUCUCUACUCCUUUGGAUUCUUAAUUACGAACCCCAAAUCUCUCAAUCAGUUAUAAACACACAGUCUGAUUCAAGUGAUGCGAGAGCUGAACGUUACAGAGUUGGUAACUACAACUGGAUAAAUUGGGUUGCAAGAAGAAAUUCGUGGUUUAGAUUGCAAAACCCUGUUCCUAUUAAUCAAGAUCAAAAUCAAGAAAAAAAACCUGAUCUUUCAGAGAAGAUUGACUCUAUAUGGGACGCUUUGAAACUGGAAAAGACAAAAUGUGCAAAACCCCUUGCGUACAAUGAAUCUCGUUCUCUAACAGUGACUUUAGGUCAUGUACUCCAAUCUGAGGAUAAUUCUAAUACACUCUUCCAAAGUAAGGUUGCUGAGGUGAUACCUAAAGUUCUCAGACUACCUUUAUGGGAAGAGAAUGUUUCUGAAGAAGAUAUGCUAACUAUGGAUCAACAUUUGUACUUGGUUCAAAUGAAAUUCGUACCAAACCUAGCAAGUAUACAAUACAAAGUUAAUGUGCCGCCUGUAGAGGUAUGGUUUACAUUGGACGAAAUGAAUUAUGCAGACCUUUCAACUGUCAGCUGUAUUCAUCACUAUGCGGACUCGGCCGCACUCUUACAAACACCAUCUUUACCUUAUGAUUUCAAAAUAUCACAAACUUCAACUAUUGAUGUGAUUCCAAAAGACUUAGAAAGCGCUGAUGUGUUUGAGUGGUUAGAAAAAGAACAACCAGGUUUCAGGAAGUUUUUACAGGAUGCACAUCUCACAUUUUCUGACGCUAAAAAGCCUCGUUACCCACAAUCAUUCACUCUAAACGUUAAACUUGAAGGUAAUUCUGAGCCUCAGCCGAUCGAAUAUAACGCUAUGGGCUACUUCAAACAUCGGGUGUUGAGAUUCAGGUAUAAAGACAAGUACCUAGUACAUUACUCAGAAACAAACGGUGGUCCCUUAGGUGGAAUUACCUCUUCUGUUGAUUUCAUUAAUCUAUCAGAAAACAUCGAUAAGCAAACGGUCCACGAAUUGCUUGAUGAUGUCAUUCAGUUCUAA